AUGCAGAACGUGGUGGACAUGGAGCUGGGCAAGCCCCAGUUCCGGUGCGGCUGCGCCUGCGUGCGCCGGGACACCGGCACGGGCGCCUGCGCCGCCACAGAGUGCGGCAUCCAGUACUCCACGCCCACGCAGGCGCCCAUCUGCACCGUGCCUACGCCGCAGCGGUGGCCGGCGCUGGUGCAGGUGCCGGACGCCCAGGCACACCGGCUCUGGUGCCAAGCCUCCGGCUCCGAGCAGGACUGCCCGGUCACCGUGCUCCUCACCGGAGGCAACCUCCAGCUUUCUCAAGCACUUGGAAUGGGGAUGUUCCCAACUUUGACACCUGGUGCUAUUGCUACCAAUUCUUCCAACUUUUUUGAUGACUUGUCAAGUGUAGUCCCUCUGGGUUCAAGCGCGCCACCUGCACAUGUACUCUACGUAGAGCCGGCCUUUGCUCCAAACGAGACCCUGUACGUGCUCCAGCCGCAGUGUCUGUGGAAUUCAGGCACUGCUUCAGCGACUUAUAAUGGGUUGCCACUACAGUACUAUGUACAGUGUGUUCAAGCUCUGCCGCUGUGGUGCGACAAUUCAUCAGUGAUAAACCAUCAACUAUUUAACGGUUACAAGGGUGCAAAUGAGUGGGGCACAUCAAACGAAUUCCUUGCUGGUUAUGACUUCCUUGAUACAAGCAUGACAAGCCUACAAGUAUAUAUUUCGUACAACUCCACCUUCAGCAGGGACGACGACGACGACGGUUCCAUGCCAGUUUUGCGUGUUCCACGGUUGGUUAACAUGGCAUCCACGGCAUAUCUGAAGCUUCUUCUAGGAGCAGAUGCAAAAAUGGACUUAGACUAUUUGAAGGAGAUGCCAAAACCUGAAACUAAAAUGAGGAUGGACCUGACACCUCUUCUUGACCCACUAUUCUUUACUUGGGUAGUUCAACUCCUCCUUCCGGUAACAGUUACACUUCUUGUUUACGAGAAGGAACAUAAACUGAGACUAAUGAUGAAAAUGCAUGGGCUAAAGAAUGCUCCUUACUGGUUGAUAACUUACGCCUACUUCUUGUGCCUAUCAACAGCUUACAUCACCCUCUUAGUGAUUUUUGGGUCCCUUUUAGGGCUAGACAUAUUCAGAUUAAAUAGCUACGGAGUACAAUUCAUAUUCUAUUUCACAUAUAUCAAUCUCCAGAUUGUGCUUGCAUUUUUGUUCGCGUCUUUCUUCUCAAGUACCAAGACUGCUAGUGUAAUUAGUUACAUUUAUGUAUUUGGCUCUGGCCUUCUCGCAGAUGCGCUUUUUGUGUACUACAUCCAGGAUACCACUUUUCCAUAUAAAUGGCUUGUGACGAUGGAGUUUUUUCCUGCAUUCUCCCUCUACCGAGGAAUAUAUGACCUUGCAGGGUAUGCCUACGCAGGGCGUUAUCUGGGAAAUCCUGGGAUGCAAUGGAUGGACUUAAACGAUCCACUGAACGGGAUGAAAGAUGUUUUGCUCCUAAUGUCUGCCGAAUGGAUACUUCUGAUUCCUGUGGCGUUUCUACUGGACCACUGGCCUGUCUGGCAAUGGCAUCCUCUUUCUCUCUACAGAUUGCUGUCGAAGAAGCAUUCACAGCUUUCAGGAACACUAAACGAAGUGAACAGCAAAUCCACGAGGGUGUCGAUUGAUAUGGCAAAGCCUGAUGUUUUCUUAGAGUGCGAGGUGGUGGAACGAUUACUUAAGAAAGUGGGCAAGAGGAGGAGCAUGGUCGUCUGCCAUAAUAUGAAGAAAUUAUACCCCGGAAAGAAUGGAAACCCUGACAAGGUUGCAGUCAGAGGCUUGUCACUUGCUUUGCCUAGAGGGCAGUGUUUCGGGAUGCUUGGUCCCAGUGGGUCUGGCAAGACAUCCUUCAUGAACAUGAUGAUUGGCCUUCAGAUGCCAUCAUAUGGAACAGCUUACAUAGAUGGAAUGGAUCUAAGGAAGGAUAUGGAUGAAAUAUAUGCAAAUAUUGGUGUAUGUCCACAGCAUGACCUACUUUGGGAGACAAUGACAGGAAGGGAGCACCUAAUGUUCUACGGUCGGAUGAAGAAUCUCACAGGUGUCGCUCUAACAAAGGCCGUGGAAGAAUCCUUGAAGAGUGUAAAUCUGUUCCAUAGCGGGUUUGGCGACAAAUCUGCAAGCACGUAUAGCGGUGGCAUGAAAAGAAGGCUCAGCGUCGCCAUCGCCCUCAUAGGCAACCCUAAAGUUGUUUACAUGGAUGAACUGAGCACCGGACUGGACCCGGCAUCAAGGAGAUACCUGUGGAACGCCGUUAAGCAAGCAAAGAAAAACAGCACCAUUAUCCUUACCAAAGAAGCUAAGGUGACAAUGUUGAUGCAGCUGAAGGCGAGGUAUGGUGGCACAUGGACGCUGACGAUCAUGACUGAGCCAUUACACGAGGGCGAGGUGGAGGAGCUGGUGAACCAGCUCUCUCCUGGUGCUUCCAGAAUCUACAGUCUAUCUGGCACGCAGAAGUUCACCUUGCUUCGUCGGGAGGUGGGGCUGGAUGGUGUAUUCAGGGUGGUGGAGAUGGCGCGGCGUGCAUUCCCAGUGCUGGGGUGGGGUGUGGCAGGUGCCACACUGGAGGACGCCUUCAUCAGAGUGGUCAAGGACGCGCAGGUGUUUGACGAUAUGUCCUAG